AUGACCAUGGACAGUAAUAUAGUUUAUGCAGAAAUGGGGACUAGACUAAGAGACUGGUGUCAGGGUGAAUCACUGGACGAGACCCGUGCAGUCUUGGCUCUCGUUCCCACAGGCGUUGAGGUUGCCCAGAUAGAAGAGACUCUGCAAACAGUAAAAGUUCUUGGUCGAGUCCGAGUGAGAGUGGCACAGAGUCCGCCUACCGAAGGAGAACAACCACAAGCUGUCAAAACCCUGUUGGAUGCUGCUGGACCUACAAGUUCAGUGGAGUCCAUUAUUCGGGCUGUGGGAGACGUUUUGGCCAAGGUGGAAAGACCAGGGAAAGAAUACAGUGGGUACCACCGCCUUCGGAUGUUCUCUGGCUCCCUACCCACACCGCCAGGAGAAGAAACAUUGGAGCAAUGGUUGGAGCAGGCUCGUUGGAUGGUUGAUGAGAGCGACUGUUCAGAUAAGGAAAAGCGCAGACGCAUCAUAGAAUGUCUUCGGGGACCCGCUCUGGCUGUCGUAAAAGCUGUACGUACGGCGGAGCCAGAUCUCACACCCUCCAAGUGCCUGGAUGCCAUUGAGAGUGCCUUUGGAACCGCUGAAUCCGGUGAAGACCUGUACUUUAAGUUUCGACUACUGCAACAGGAGAAAGACGAAAGACUGUCAGACUUUCUGAGACGUGUGGAGCAGUCCCUCACCUUAAUAGCUAGAAAAGGGGGGAUGCCUGCCAGUCGGGUGGACGCAGCCCGUGUAGAGCAGCUAUUGAGGGGGGCAGUAUAUUCAGACCUCAUGUUAGUGCAGUUAAAGUUGAGGGAGAGAAGGCAGAAUCCUCCAAAGUUCUUAGAGCUAUUAACAGAAGUCAGAGCCGAGGAGGAAUAUGCAGCGGCUAGGAUCAAGCUCCGUGCAUCUGUACAGCGG